AUGGUUGCUUGGGAAAAGCACCACUGCUGUGCUGGCAGAAUCCAGGAUAUUUUAUUGAAAUGCAGGAUUACUCUGGCUGUCCUUUUACUUCAUUUGUUCCUGGCUACAGCAGGCAAAGAUCAGGAGGAUUUCCUAGGACGAUACAAAGCGGUCUUUAAGACUGAAUGUGAAGAUCCUUGGAUUCUGUCACCAAGAAUUUCUCUACUUCCUUUGAAGGAAUUCGUUGUCUGUGUGUUCCUCAAGCUAAGCUCCACAAAUAGGCCAUGGACAGCAUAUGUAUAUAAUCAAGAAACACUUAACAGUAAUCUCUCAGCAAAUAGGUAUGAUCUUGGACUUAUGGGAGAUCAUGAUAAAUUAAGAAUAUGGUUGUUUGGAAAUGAAAUUAAUAUGACAGAGAGGCUUCGUGAAAAUACCUGGUACGAAAUAUGUGUCCAGUGGAAAAGUGAAGAUAAGGAGGUGAAGUUAUUCGUAAAUGGAAUAAAAAAAGGAAACAAAAAACUAGCCGAAAAAAAGAGUCUCCCUGGAAAAGGGCAGUUCUUGCUUGGCUGUUCAAAGCUGCCAGGUACAACUACAUCACCUGAUAUGGGAAUGACUGGGGAGCUCUACAUGUUCAGAAUGUGGGAUAAGGCAAAUAUAAAAUAUACCCAGACCUGCAAAGAUGGCACUAUUAUAGGCUGGAGGAAGAAGGAUUGGAUCUAUACGAAGACAUUCGAAGAUAACUCUUUGCCUUGUGAUACAGAAGAAACUACCAGACAUGCAGGAGCAAUAGAUACAACAACUGUUGCUGAAUCCUCUAUUGUUACUUUUAUCACCUAUCCUAUCAGUCCUACAGAUAUGUCUUCAGAAGAAACUACACAAAGUGCAGAAACUCUUAGUAUCACUGAUUAUUAUUCCACUAUAAUACCAGAAACUAUGCCAGGAGAAACUAUUUUAUGCAAUAUAUCGAAUCCCUGCAAUUUUUCAGUCUUUUAUGUGGGCAAGGCAAAACUUCAGGCAAGCGAAGAAAGAAGUAACACGUCAGUAAAUGUAGAAAUAAUUAAUAACAUAACCACCAGCAAUCACAUUGCAAAAUUAAUUCCAAUUGUGAAACCUACCCAGCAAGAAAUGAAAAUUUCAGAGUUCAACAAAACUUUGCAAGAAAUAAGUGAGUCCUCCUUUAUGGAAUGCAGAACAGAAAACCAGAGUGUACAUUGCAAUUUCAUAAUAAAGCUGGCUAAGAAAGAGAAUAUAAGCAGUUUAACAGACAAAAAAGAAAUAAGUCAGAUUGAUGAGUGCUGCUGUUCAUCACCAAAGUACUGUUCUUUGCCUGCUGAAGACUUACGGAAGUAUACUAUACAAGUGCCAUCUCAUUCUAUAUGGGCUCCUUUCUCACUUAGUCCUUUUCCCCCCAGAAGAACUCCUUUUCUUUCCCCCACUAUGCUUUCUACCCAACAGGACCCCCAAGUUAAACCGCUGAUCACACCAUUCACAGAAAUUUAUGCUUCUGGAACUCUUUCCACAUCUCCCACCACAAGUCCUCUCUCUGAACCUUCUACCACAUCUACCACUGCAACUUCUCUACCUUCUACCAGGGUUACCACUACACUUUCCUCUUUUGCUAAACCUGCCAUGCCAACUUUUCUGUCUACACCUGCAUCAAAAUCUGGCACUAAUGUUGCUCUCUCAGUUAAAUCUGAUGCUGCAUAUCCUGGAAAUGUUUUUUCUAGUUUCAUUAAACCUACAACAGCUGCUUCUGAGCUGCCUCCACCUCCUCUAACAAUUCCCCCUCCUGAAAAUACCACCAGAUCUAUUGCACAAAUACCUCCUGCUACAGUUUCUACCAAACCUAUCUCCAUUAAUAAAAGUGUUACUUCAGCACCUAUUCUUCCCAUUACUCCUUUCACAACAUAUAUGGUCCCUACUGUUAGUCCUGUCAAACAUUCUGCCUCAGCUUCUUCUCAUCCUCAUUCUGCGGAUGCUGGCCAUGGUAGCUUGCCUCAUGGAAAUACAGGAAAGAUACUAUCAGCUACCACAUACACAACUUCCAUUUAUACUGCCGUUAAUAUCACCACAGCUGAGCAAAUCGUUUCCAAAAUAGAAAAGGAUUUAGCAGAUGGAAAAGUAGAACCAAAAGAUGUAGAAAGGAUGGUUAGUGAAGUUAGCAAAAUCUUGACUGCUUCUCAACCAUUAUCACCCCAAAUUUCUAACAGAAUAAUAAAACUCGUGGAUUAUAUUGGCCUAAAAUUGAACUUUUCAGCUAAGUCUGCUGAUUUUUCCUCCCCUUCCUUGGCUCUGGCAGUAGUGAAAACGAACAGCAUGCGCUUCAAUCAAAUGUCUUUUGCUGUCCAGGACUCAUCUGAUCUCCAGAUCUCGUUAGGUACCGAAGCACUUAAUGACUUAAACAAUCUUGGAACCAUUACGCUUCCUUCAUCAUUGCUGACAAAUUUACCUCCUGAAGAGUUGGACUUGGCUUCUAGAGUUAUAUUCAACUUUUUUAAAAAGACCACUGUGUUCCAGGAUCCCUCCCUAAAGAAUGCAUCUUUAAUCAGCAAUGUUAUAUCAUCAAGUGUUGCUAACCUCUCACUUAGCAACUUGAAGGCAAAUGUUACUGUCACUUUGCAGAAUAUCAAACCCAAUCAGGUAUGA